AUGGGUUCCAUGGCCGGCAUUUGGCCGCUCGCUGUCCUCCUCCUCUUGCCCCUCUCUAUCUCCGCCACCGCAAAACAAACCUACAUAGUUCACAUGAAACACAACUCAAAACCAGACUCCUUCCCCACCCACCAUGACUGGUACACUUCUAGCCUCCAGUCCCUAACUUCCACUUCUGACUCCCUCCUCUACACUUACACCAAUGCAUUUGACGGCUUCUCUGCCUCCCUCAGUGACGAAGAAGUCAAAUUCUUAAAACAAUCUGACUCUGUCGUCGAUGUCUACGAAGACACUCUUUACUCUCUCCACACCACUCGCACUCCUGCUUUUUUGGGCCUCAAUACUGAUUUAGGCCUUUUUGAUGGGCAUCACACGUUAGACUUAAAUCAAGCAUCGAAUGAUGUUAUUAUCGGUGUUCUUGAUACUGGGAUCUGGCCUGAAUCAAAGAGUUUUGUUGAUUCCGGAAUGCCUGAGAUCCCGACUCGAUGGAAGGGAGAGUGUGAGUCUGGUCCUGAUUUCAGCCCCAAACUUUGCAACAAGAAGUUGAUUGGCGCUCGAUAUUUUUCCAAAGGAUACCAUAUGGCAUCUGGUGGAAAUUUCUUUAAAAAGCCUAAAGAGGCCGAAUCCCCGCGUGACCGAGACGGCCACGGUACUCACACUGCAAGUACAGCCGCUGGGUCUCAAGUAGCCAAUGCGAGCUUACUUGGCUACGCUAGCGGCACGGCUCGUGGGAUGGCCGCCCACGCGCGUGUGGCUUCUUACAAGGUUUGCUGGACUACCGGUUGUUUUGGUUCAGACAUUCUGGCAGGAAUGGAUCGGGCAAUUGCAGAUGGUGUGGAUGUUUUGUCCCUUUCUCUUGGUGGCGGAUCGGCUCCUUAUUAUCGCGAUACAAUUGCAAUUGGUGCUUUUACAGCGAUGGAGAGAGGCAUCUUUGUGUCUUGUUCGGCUGGUAAUAGUGGGCCUGGUAAAGCUUCUCUUGCAAAUGUGGCUCCUUGGAUCAUGACCGUUGGUGCUGGAACUUUGGACCGGGAUUUUCCCGCUUAUGCAGAAAUGGGAAAUAAGAAACGGUUCACUGGUGUUUCUUUGUACAGUGGAGCAGGAAUGGGGAAAAAUCCGGUGGGUUUGGUUUAUAAGAAAGGAAGUAACAGCACAGGCAAUUUGUGUAUGCCUGGUUCACUUGAACCGGAGUUAGUCCGUGGUAAGGUGGUGGUUUGCGACAGGGGGGUUAAUCCACGUGUCGAAAAGGGUGCGGUCGUGAGGGAUGCAGGUGGGGUUGGGAUGAUAUUGGCGAACACGGCGGAGAGUGGGGAAGAGUUGGUGGCGGACAGUCACUUGUUGCCGGCUGUGGCUGUGGGGAGGAAGGUUGGGGAUGUAAUUAGAGAGUAUGUUAAGAGUGAUACAAAUCCAAGGGCUGUUUUGAGUUUUGGUGGGACGGUUUUGAAUGUACGGCCUUCGCCAGUCGUAGCAGCGUUUAGUUCAAGAGGGCCAAAUGUGGUGACCAAGGAGAUCUUGAAGCCGGAUUUGAUUGGGCCUGGAGUCAAUAUCUUGGCUGGUUGGUCAGAGGCAAUUGGACCCACUGGACUGGAGACCGACGCCAGAAAAACUCAGUUCAAUAUCAUGUCAGGUACAUCCAUGUCGUGCCCGCACAUCAGUGGUGUAGCUGCAUUGCUGAAGGCAGCCCACCCAACAUGGAGCCCAAGUGCGAUUAAAUCUGCACUCAUGACCACUGCCUAUGUUAUUGACAACACCAACUCCUCACUCCGGGAUGCUGCAGGGGGUGCACUUUCGAACCCGUGGGCUCAUGGUUCUGGUCAUGUAGACCCACAGAAAGCCCUCUCUCCGGGCCUCGUGUAUGAUAUCUCAACGCAUGAAUAUAUAGCGUUCUUGUGCUCUCUGGACUACACCAUUGAGCAUGUCCAAGCCAUUGUCAAGCGUCCAAACAUCACUUGUCCGAGGAAAUCUAACCCCGGUAAUCUCAACUAUCCGUCAUUCUCAGUGGUGUUUGCUAACCAAAGGGUUGUAAGGUACAGCCGAGAAUUGACCAAUGUGGGUGCUGCUGGCUCCAUUUAUGAAGUCGACGUCACUGGGCCACCAGUGGUGCAGGUGACGGUGAAACCCUCUAAGCUUGUUUUUAAAAAUGUCGGGGAAAAGCUGAGGUACACAGUGACUUUUGUGGCAAAUAAAGGUGCCAGCCUCACUGGCAGAUCUGAAUUUGGUGCAAUUGUGUGGAGAAAUACCCAACACCAAGUUAGGAGCCCAGUUGCAUUCUCAUGGACGCAGUUGUGA